CACAAUAGGACCUGCUGGCCCAAGACAUGGGAGCAAGAAGGAGAGUAGAGAAGGAUUAGAGGUGCAUGAUACCGGAGGAAAAUAGAAGAGACUUUCAUUGUCAUUGCAGCGUUGGACACUACAAAUAGUUUGAAUUGCACGCGGUCCACUUCCGCCCGGAAUGGGAGGAUCUUGUGGGUGCGACGCUUCCUGUCCGCUUGUGGAAGCCCUCCCCGACGUCCUUCGUCGAGAACAACGCUUCCGGAAUGACGGCAACAGGGCGUCGUCUUCGGGCCAAGUGAAGUCUAUCGGCUUCACUUCACCAUCUGGGCCCAACGUCAGUCCUCGUUGCGCCAGGGAGGAAUAGCGCAGCGUUUCCUCGUCCAUCGCGUGCAGUUCCGCCAAAGACGUCUCAUCCAAAUCUCCUGCGAAGAAACUAUUCAGCUGGGAACUUUUUUCAGUACUAAGACUUGGAUUUGUUUAUCUUCUUCGACGCAGAGGUAAUUUGGGACGAGCCAGGCGUGAAUUAAGCCUCUGCUGGUCAUGAACGCUCACUGGCUGCUGACGGUGGUUGCUGUAGCAACGGAGGCCCGUUUGGAUGAUGACGGACAUUGGAACUACAGAGAAGGAGUUGACAGAGUGGACGUGACAUCACAGCGCAGUGUGACUCAACUUUUGGAUGUUUGGGGGAAAGAAAUGUUCAAGGAAAUCAAAUCUUUGCUGCGAUCUCAACCCAACACUCUUCUACCUGACUACUCCAGGGUGCGCCUUCUCUCCGAAACCAUCCACGACUUGUUGCGAGAAGUCUCUCUGCUGCGUCAGCGAAUCAGCGAGCUCUCCCGUCGCCUAGCAACUCUGCAGCCCUUCCUCCGUCGCCAUGGCUACUGCGAGGCGUGGGACGGCCUGGCUCCGGCACGUCGGAGUCCGUCAGGGGACGCGCAGGAGCAGGGCCGCUAGUGAGGUGGGACGCGGGGGGCCAGGGUGCUGCAGAAGAUCAUCCGUCCAUUAAUCCAUUUCCUACCGCUUGUCCCUUCAUUGACGUAAAAUAUACUUUUUCAAUAAAGCAACUAAAAAUGUAAA